UUUGCUUUUCCAAUCGCAGAUGUGUGAAGGCGUGAGUGUUCAUAUCUUGGGAUUGAAAAACUAGGUGAAAAAUGUACUAAGAUGAUGAUGUAACUUUGGAACGCUGCUUUAAGCUGUGAUUGUUUUAAGUUCUCGAAUUUGAGCUUACGUUAAGCGUCUAAGGAGUAGGUAAAACAUUUGAAAAUGAAUGGUGCACCGCAGCAGUUGCCCUCUCUUCCGCCAAAUCCACCUGGUCAAGCAACGAAAUCAUUUUCGGAAGAAGCCGGGGGUUCUACGGUUAAAGUUGUGAGUCCUUUGCCGUGGUCCUCGAAUGCUGGUAGUCGAAUUGCGCCGGUUGUUCCUCCAAAGCCAAAGAAAGGGUUUUACUCGGAUUCUGGCGAAGGGCUUUCACAUUCUCGUGAUGACUUGACAUCCGUGUAUGGUUCGCACGUCUACGAAACCAUUCCGUCUGGCCAAAAAGCUAUGCCGCAAGUUCCAGCUCCUCAAAAGAGUGCCGCACCUAUCCCCUGGUCUACAGCUUUGAAAACGAAGAACGCUAGUGAUGGAUUCAGAAGCGUAUCGUUUGGAAUCAAUCUUCGCACAAAUCCCGGUGCACAAGCCAUAAUAAGCUCAUCGAAAUUGCCUUCUGCUGGAGCAGACUUGAAUGACAGUGAUUUCCGUGAUUUGCAUAAAGCUCAACCGGCACAAAUCGAAGACUUGCCCAGUUCACACGUUGUCUUCAAACCUUCAAAAGCAGGAGGAAAUAUGUAUUCUUCGUUUCUCAAUAAACCUGAUUUGCACAAUCAGAGCGUCAUUUCGUAUCAUGACUACGAAAGUCUGGACGCGACUCUUGACCUUUCUGGCGCAGAUGAUCUGCCUCCCCCACCACCUCCAGACAUGGAAGCCAACAUUCCCACCUAUACAUGUGUUGGGGAAGAUGCAUCCUUCUCUAGUAAUUUCCCUCCGCCACCUCCACCGGAAGAGCUUGCUGUACCACCGCCUCCUCCGCCACCAUUAAUGAUGAAACCAACCAUUGCUCCGACGAUUGGUCCGAAAGCUGUUCCGCAUCCAAUGAAAUCUGGUUAUUCGAACGACAAAACAAUUCCUGCCAAGAACACUUAUUCCAGCGCUCCUGUGAAGCCGUACUCCCAACGACCUAGUAUCGCGAAUAUAGCUGGUGCGGGAACCCAGCAAAGACCAUCGGCGGGAUACGCCGCCCCGGGGGUGACGACUCAAGGAGCUCGGUCGAUCAACAUCGCUAGUUCUCGGCAUGUCCAAUCCAAUCCUGUUGAGGCAGCGAAAAAGUCGGCGAUGGCGUUUCCCACAGGGACUUCCAGCACGCCUACUGCGAAGGUUGUAUCUGUCGCGACUGCGGAUACUCCGAGAAAAGGCGACGAGGUGGAUAAGUUGACGGAACUGCUUGUUCAGUCGAUGACCGAGUCUGACGCCGAUUCAGCUGGCACGUGCCAAAGAUGUCGGAAGAAAGUCGUGGGCGAGGGAGCUGGAUGCGUGGCCAUGAAUCAAGUGUAUCACGUUUUGUGCUUCACUUGCGCCGCCUGUGGUAAUAGAUUGAUUCCAUUGAAUGAGGAAAAUUUCAUCACGAAAACGUCUUUGAUUUCCUCAACUAUAGAAAAGACUCUCGAGGGAAAGCCAUUCUUUGUCGUGGACGCGAAGCCGCACUGCGAGGAAUGCUACGUUGAAACCUUGGAAAAGUGCUCAGUCUGCAUGAAGCCGGUUUUGGAUCGCAUUCUUCGUGCUACGGGAAAGCCGUACCAUCCGAAGUGUUUCUGUUGCGUUGCAUGCGGUAAAUGUUUGGAUGGGAUUCCUUUCACUGUGGACGCGCACAAUCAAGUGCACUGCAUUGCUGAUUUUCAUAAGAAAUUUGCACCGAGGUGCUCCGUGUGCAAGGAGCCAAUCAUGCCAGAACCAGGCGAGGAAGAAACUGUUCGUGUCGUUGCUUUGGAUCGAAGUUUCCACGUGAAAUGCUAUCGCUGUGAGGAUUGUGGAAUGAUGUUCUCUUCGGAAUCGGAUGGAAAAGGAUGUUACCCUUUGGAUGGUCACAUCUUGUGCAAAAACUGCAAUGCUAAGCGAAUUCAAGCUCUCUCUUCUCCACAUCAGUUCGUGUAAGGGGAUUUUUUCCGACUGGGAUUGAAUCGAAAAUCGCUGGUCAAGGUGAACGCAUGUGAGCUAGUUGCCUUUGUGGUCUUAAUCGUCCGCGUGUCUGUUAUGCGAAGUGUACAGCACGCUGCGGAAAUUAACGUUUCCUGAAUAAUAUUUGGAUUGUCAUUCCGAACGAGCUUGAUAGGAAUUGAUGUUGAUGGAAUUGAUCGCGCAGUGAUAAGCUUGAGCCAUGUGUGUGAGGAACUUUUUGUAUCUUUUUUUUCUCUGUCGGGAAGUAUUUUAAGAAAAAGGAGCUCGUGUAUUUAUGACAUUUGGAAGUGAAUGUUGUGCCUUAUUGUGAGCUGAAUUACCCUGGGUUGUGCUAGAAUGAUGAGCUUCCAUUCCUGUUUCUUCGAAAGCUGGGCAGUCUUAAUAAAUAAAGGUUAUUUCAAGCAUUUGAUA